CCAGCAGCCCCUUAUGAAUUGAUACUUAAGUGUUUAUAACUAGCACAAUUGUAUGCACGUGCGAAUCCAAUCCAGUAAGGUGGUCUCAGUCUUGGAUGCUGGCGCUGCAACAGCAAGGGCCGGCACUUGGGCCGGCAUACGCUAUAUGAGUACGACCAAAUAACUAAGUUCCAAAAUUCCACAGAUUUUGAUUCCUAAUGAACUGCUAACAAGUUUAAAGCAACUCAAACUCACAUAAAUGUUGUUUUGUCAGUUUUGUCGGAAAAUGAAUACCUACCACGCAGUCUGCUGAGGGCUGUACAAUGUACAUAAGGAUAUCAUCGCACAUAACUCACCAAAAUGCUCAGCAUGUUUCAUAGAAGAACCUGGGUUUGCGCUGGCAGAUUACCAUCACCUUUUAGAGUGGCUCAGUCCUUAGCAGAGUUUGGUACAUCAACACCAUGCCCCAACAGUGCUGAUCUUGAUGGUCUGGCCAAAGCCUAUGAGCCUGCAGCUGUGGAGAAGAAGUGGAGUGACCGAUGGAAGGAUGACGGCACCGGCGCAGGACCCGAUGAUGUCACUGGUGGUCGUUUCUCAUUGGUCCUGCCGCCACCCAACGUCACAGGCCGCCUUCACCUGGGGCAUGCGCUAACUAUCAGCAUCCAGGACGCCCUAUGUCGCUGGCGCCGGAUGCGGGGCGACGCGGUGAUCUGGGUGCCCGGUACCGACCACGCCGGUAUCGCCACUCAGGUCAUAGUGGAGAAGUCGCUGUGGGCCGAACAGCGGACCACACGGCACCAGCUGGGAAGGGAAGAAUUCCUGAAGCGGGUGUGGAAGUGGAAGUCGGACCGCUCAGAGCAGAUCCACCAUCAGAUGAAGGCGCUCGGAGUCACCCUCGACUGGGACAGAGCCGUCUUCACAAUGAACCCGACCAUGUCUGCUGCCGUGACGGCCGCCUUCGUUCGGCUGUAUGACGCCGGACUCGUGUACCGAUCGGAGGCGCUCGUCAACUGGUGCUGUCAUCUGCAGUCGGCCGUCUCAGACAUCGAGGUGGAGCACAAAACAGUGGACGGCGCCAUGGUCGACUUCGCCUACCGCUGGGAUCAAGACCCGUCUGAGGAGAUAGUCGUCUCCACCACCCGUCCGGAGACAAUGCUGGGCGACACGGCGGUGGCCGUCCACCCUGGCGACCAACGGUGGGCGUCCUGGGUCGGCCGGCGUCUGACGCACCCACUGCGACCCGGAGAACCCACCAUACCCGUCCUGGCGGACGAGAGCGUGCGGCCCGACUUCGGCACCGGAGCUGUUAAGAUCACUCCUGCCCACGACCCCAACGAUUUCGAAGUGGGAAAACGUCACCAGCUGGAAUCACUGACCAUCCUCUCAGAAGACGGCAGGAUAAACGAAAAUGGCGGCGAAUUUCAGGGUCUGACGCGCUCUGAGGCCCGGCUGGCCGUGCUGGACGCUCUGCGGCAGCGCGGUCUGCUCCGCGACCAGAGACCUCACCAGCUCUCCGUGCCCGUCUGCUCACGAACCGGUGACGUCAUAGAGCCGAUGGUCAAACACCAGUGGUUUGUGCGCUGCGAAGAGAUGGCAGCGGCGGCGCUGGCCGCCGUGGAGUCGGGAGAGCUGGUACUGGAGCCUCCGUCGCUGAGACAUAUCUGGAAACAGUGGCUCCAGGAGUCCAGGGACUGGUGCGUGUCCCGUCAGCUGUGGUGGGGCCACCGAAUCCCUGCGUUCUGUGUCACCAAUCGAGACGGCGCGGAGCGGUGGACGGUGGCUGGCUCACAGCAGGAGGCCAUCGCCAAACUAGGUUUGCAGGCUGAUGACGUCAUUUCUGUUCGGCAAGACGAUGACGUCAUGGACACGUGGUUCUCUUCGGCGCUAUUUCCGUUUGCUGUGUUUGGCUGGCCAGAACAGACUGCUGACCUGUCCCGCUGGUACCCGCUGUCGAUGAUGGAGACUGGCCACGACAUCCUGUUCUUCUGGGUGGCCCGCAUGGUGAUGUUGGGUCAGACACUGACCGGUCAGCUGCCGUUCAAGAAAGUGCUCCUCCACGGCCUGAUAUGUGACGCUCACGGCCGGAAAAUGUCCAAGUCCCUGGGAAACGUGAUCGACCCCGACCACAUCAUUGAAGGAGCCUCCCUCGACCGCCUUCACCAACAGGUGGACGACUCGGCGGCGCACGGCUACAUCUCCGCGGAGGAGGCGGUCAGGGCCAAGGAGGGCCAGCGCUCACUCUACCCGGAGGGCAUUCCGACGUGCGGCGCCGACGCCCUGCGCCUGUCGCUGUGCUCCACCGACCUACGAAACACUGUGCUCAAUCUGGACGUACGGGAGGCGCGUCAGGCCCGGCUGUUCGGAAACAAACUGUGGCAGGCGUGCCGCUUCGCUCUGGGCCAUCUGGCGGUGAGCGGCUACAAAUGCGACGAGGAGACACGGCUGUCCCGACUGGAGUCAGCAGUCGGCGCGGACCGGUGGAUGCUCAGUUGUCUGUCAGACUGCGUUCGGACGUGUAACACCGCCAUGGAUGACCACCGGUUACACACGGCGACGGCGGCUGUCCAGCAGCUGCUCUACAGGCAGUUCUGUGACGUAUACCUGGAGGCCGUGAAGCCGGUGCUGAACUCUGAUGACGUCACGACCCGCCAGCGCUGCUGUGACGUCAUGGUCUGUGUUCUGGACGCCGGCCUGCGCCUGCUGCACCCGUUCAUGCCGCACCUGACUGAGGAGUUGGGGGAGAGGCUGACGGAACACUCGCAGGAGUCGGGACUGCUGCUGCGGCGGUCCUACCCUCGGCCGGAGCAGUAUGAUCACUGGCGUGACGAAGCUCUGGAGUCUUCGUUCACCACCUGCCUGGACGCCGUGAGAGAACUGAGGGCCAUGAAGACCAAGUACAGGAUCGGCAAAACGACCCCAGAAGUGUACCUGACCACGGAGUCAGCACUGUGUGACCGGCUGGCGGCGGUCGUCUCCACGCUGGCCCGAUGUCGGGUGCACGCCGCCCAGCCGGGGGAGGGCGCGGUCCGGCGCCUACUGCCCCUGCAGGGACACCAGUGGAGGGCGCUGGUCGAUCUGCAGGAUCACGUGAACAUACCUGCUGAACUGGAGUUACUGCGGACCAAAAUGGAGAAGGUGCGGUCCAAACUGGCCACGUCCGACGCGCUGAUGCAGACUAACAAGUUCCGCCGCCGGCCGGCGAGAAUGCAGCAACAGGAGCGGGAGAGGAGAGUGAUGUGGGAAGAGGAGCUGGCUCGUUUGAAGGAGUCCAAAGACGAUCUCAGGCGUCUUAGUUGAUAAAUGUGUUUGCAAUGCAAAUGACCAUCAUAUUUACUGUACGCUAGUCACAGGCGUGUUAAAUUGUUAGCCUCAUUCUUACCAUGUACUUUAGUCUGUGAAUGAUUGACGUAUGUUUAUAAAUAUACCGUCAAAGUGGA